CAUUCCAACUAUUCUUUUAAUAAAUUUUAUUAACAAAAUAAAAAAAAUGCUUGAAUCGACUUCUUUAGCUAGCAUUUUUGUAUUAGGAGUUAUAGGAUGGAUUACCUAUAAAAUUUUUAUUUGGCCAUUUUAUGUUUCUCCUUUGAGAAAAAUUCCUGGUCCACCAUCUGACAAUCCGAUUUCCGGAAAUCUUAACAUUUUGGAACCACAACUUAAAUGGGUUAGAAAAUAUGGAAAUAUUGUAAAAUAUAAUGGGUUGUUUAAUAAACCAACACUUUUUGUCGCCGAUCCAAAAAUAAUUCAAGAAAUAACGUUGAGUAAAACUUAUGAUUUUGUUAAACCUUAUAAUAAGUCUGCUAUUGCAAUUCUCGGUAAUGGUCUUGUAUUUGCGGAAGGUGACGUUCAUAAGAGACAAAGAAAAAUGAUGACUCCAGCUUUCACCCACAGUAACAUCAAAGAAAUGGUUCCAACAUUUAUUCGUGUAACUUCUAAUUUAAAAGAUUUAAUCGAAAAGGAGAUAAACCAAGGAAAUUCUAAUAUUAAUCUUACACCUUAUAUCUCAAAAACUACUUUGGAUAUUAUUGGUUUAGUAGGAUUUAAUUAUGAAUUUAAUUCGCUAACAUCUCCAAACGUAUUAGCAGAAGCUUAUGCUUCUAUUUUCAAUAACCAACUAAAUACCUUACAAGCUGCUGUUAUUUUGUUAGCAAAUUAUAUUCCAUUUCUCAGAGAUAUUCCAGUAGAUAUGAAUGUGAAAUUUAAGAAUGCGUGUGCGACUAUUGAGCGCGAAUCAAAGAAAUUGGCUGAAAAAAAAUUUAAAGAAGCAGAAAAUGGAGAAUUGGAAAAUAAGGAUUUGUUGUCAUUAUUAAUUAAUACCAAUAAAACAUUACCCGAUGAAGAAAAAAUGACACAUGAAGAAUUAAAAAAUCAAAUUAUGACAUUUUUAAUAGCAGGGCAUGAAACUACAAAUGUUACAACUUGUUGGGCUUUAUAUUCACUCGCACAACAUCCACAUGAGCAAGACUUAUUACGUGAGGAAUUAGUUAAAGCUUUUCCUGAUAAAUCAAAUUUCAAUCCUACAUAUGAUGAAAUAAAUUCAUUGGAGUAUUUAAAUUGCGUAAUUAAAGAAACUUUAAGAUUAAACACUCCAGUACCAGCCGUUAGACGAACUAAUCUCAAAGAUGAAGUUUUGGGAGAACAUCUUAUUCCAAAGAAUACUGAAAUAUUUAUUGGAAUUUCAGUACUUCAAAAAUCAACUGAAAUUUGGGGCCCAAGAGCUGACGAUUUUGAUCCAAAAAGAUGGUUAGAUCCUUCUUUAAUUAAAAAUAUAACAAAUUUAAAUUAUUUACCUUUCCUUAAUGGUGCAAGAGGUUGCAUAGGCAAUAAAGUAGCUUUAGCUGAAGCUAAAAUAUUAUUAGGAAUGUUGAUCAGGAAUUUUGUUUUUCAACCAAUCGAAGGAGUUCAAAUUAAAAAGAGAGUUUUCCCUUCACCAAAAGUUGAACCAUAUCUUGGAUUAGCAGUAUCUAUAGUUGAAUCUUAAAUUUAUUAUCAGAUUACAUUAUUUACUAGGGGAUGGCCAAAAAUGUCAUAAUUUAGAUUUUAUAGAUUUUUAAUCCCCCUUAGGAAAUGAUCUCUUCACAAUUUAAACAGUAUAAACUACUUUUGUUUCAAUAAACGUCAUAAUUCAUUUAGUUUUAAAAUGAUAACGUAUGCCCGUAAAAGGCGAAUUAUUUACAUUUUCCGUGAAUGGACUCGUGAAAGGCUCAUUUUUACGGAGUUUUUACAGAAAUAACGGAUAAAAUUUUUUAUAGGGAUAGUAUCAAAUAUAUCAUUUAGCUUAAUUGAGUUGUUAAACAUUACAGUACCUUUAAAUUCUGAGAUUUAUUCGUUCUUGUCAUUAAAAAAAAAUAUUAUAGCAGAAACAUUAGGAAUAUUCCAAUUAUUUUCGACACUAAUAAUUUUAACAAAUGUAUUCCAUUAUAAAAA